AUGUUGCGCGAAGUUAAAGCUAAAAACCCGCGCACCGCGCGCAUUCUCAAGGCGCGAGAGCCGCAACUCAUCGAGCCCCCGAAGCGGACGCUUAUCCUCCACGGCACAAAAUGCCCGCAAAGCCUCGACACCGUGCUGAAGACCUUCCACUCUCUCACCAAGCCCCAUUCCGUCCUUUUCCACAAGAAGAAUGAAAACAUUCACCCAUUCGAGAACCCCGAGAGCAUCGAGUUCCUCGCAAACAAGAACGAGUGCGGUCUCAUCGUUUUCGGCAGCAGCAACAAGAAGCGUCCCAAUUGCGUGACUCUCGGCCGUAUCUUCAAUUCACAACUUCUCGACAUGUGCGAAAUUCUUCUUUUGCCCGCUCAGGGUGACAACGCCGUUCCUCCCAUCAACGAGCUCACCAUGCACGUCGGUCAGGGCCUGCGCCCCAUGAUGCUUUUCGCCGGUACCCCGUUCGAGGACCCAACCUCCUCAUCGCACGUUAUGCUUAAGAGCUUCUUCCUCGACAUGUUCAAGGGUGAAGAGACAAACGCAAUUGAUGUCGAGGGUCUGCAGUACGUUCUCAUGGUUGGCGCCGAGGAGCCCCGCGAUGAUCUCUCUCCCAUCAUUCACCUGCGAUGGUACAAGGUUGUCACCAAGCGCAGUGGUCACAAGCUUCCCCGUGUGGAGCUGGAGGAGAUUGGCCCCAAGUUCGAUUUCAAGGUUGGCCGUAUGCGCCCUGCCACCCCCGAGGCCAUGAAGGCCGCCAUGAAGCAAGGCAAGCGUCCCAACGAGGAGAUCAAGACGAAGAAGAAUAUCAGCAUGGACUCUAUCGGUGACAAGGUCGGUCGUGUGCACUUGGGCAAGCAGGAUCUCAAGGGCUUGCAGACUCGCAAGAUGAAGGGUCUCAAGCGCCGGGCAGGUGUUGACUCGGAUGAUGAUGACGAGGAUGAGGACAUGAUGGAUGUGGAUGAUAUCUCAGAGGAUGAGGGUAACAAACGUGCCCGGACUGAGUAA